AUGGCCCGCGCUGACUCGCCAGCCCGCGCCCAGCUCCGCAACGCGACCUCGCCGCCGACGCCCGCCGCCGCCCAAGCCGACAUGAGCGACCAGUCUACUCGUCCUCGAAACACCGAUGCCCGCCUCCAGGCCCUGCCGCUCCCCGCUGGCCUCUGGGGCCCGUCGCCGUCCUCAUCCACCACCGCCGUCUCGCAAGAGCCCUCGUCGUCUACCGACCCCUCGUCGCAGCGCUUCCCCGGCCUCCGCCAACUCUAUAGCGGCGCCGCGUCCUGGCGCGCCUCGCUUCGCGGCAAGCCCAAGUCCACCACUACCGAGACGUCCGUCUCCUCGCGUCCCGUCAUCGUUAGGACUUACUCCGGCGGUACCUCCUCAUCUCGACGAGGCUCAUCGCACCGUCGCGGCGAGUCCUCCUCGUCGCAAAUGCCUCAGCGUCCUGUGUCACUGCCGCCCGCGGCCGACUUCUCGUUCGAUGGAAUUCUGCAUGCUGUCGAGCCCGAGAUCUCCGGUGCAAUUGAUGCCAUUGCCGCCAUCUGCGCCCGGAGCAAGCUCAGCCUGGCCGAUGAGUAUGCCGCCCACCGGCCGCCCCACGAGGUCCUCGACCCCGCAAUACCAAUUGAUCCCCAGCAGCGCCAGCGCUGGUGGAGCGUUGUGAGAGACACCGCGCUGUCGGCCGUGCCCGAGGCCAGCAGCAGCAGUGAGCGCUUGGUCGGCAGCAGGACUGCCUCACGCGCUUCCGUCUCGUCCGCUGCCGGCCACAGCUCGCGCGGCAGGAAGAACUCGGCUUACGGUAGUUUGAAGAGCAUUGUAUCCGGAGACAGUCACGCUCGCAAGGGACUCGCUGCCCUUUUCGGCUCCAACGAUGGCCAUGCCGAUGCCGAUGACUAUCAUGAGCCCCCAUCACCUACUGGAUUCCACCAUGCCGCCCAUUGGAUGGUGUCCGACUCCACUCACCCGUCCAUUACCCUGUCCUCUGGCCCCGCCGCUCGAGCUGCGUCUCCGCGUGUAUCCCUUGCCACUUCCGAAGAGCCUGCCGGAUGCUGGUACAGCAGCAGAGAAAAGCCUGAAAGAGCUCCUGCGCACAACCGGUCCAUCCGGUGA